AUGGAAGAGCAGCUCGUCCGCCUCCUCGCCGACACGCAAUCCCCGCAAGACGGCCCGCGCAAGCAGGCUGAGCUGCAGCUAGAGCAACUCUACCCCAACGAAGCCUUCCCGCUGGGCCUCGUCACCGUCGCAUCCCACGACUCGGUACCGCUUGAUAUCCGCCAGUGUGCGCUGCUGACGCUGCGGAAAUACGUCGUCUCGACAUGGUCGGCACAGUUUGACGAGUUCAAGGGCCAGCUCGUUGCGAGCGAGGAGACCAAGAGCCGGCUGCGCCACUCGCUGCUCGAGCUGGCCACCAGCAACACCGACGAGCGCAAGAUCAAGACGGCCGCCAGCUAUGUCGUCAGCAAAAUCGCCUCGGCCGAUUUCCCGGACCAGUGGCCCGACCUGCUGCCCGGCUUGCUGAACCUGAUACCUACUGCCACCGACGCUCAGCUGCACGGCGCCCUCAAGGUGCUCGGCGACCUGAUCGAGGAGUGCUUCAACGAGGUCCAGUUCUUCCAGUCCGCCGGCGAGCUCGUCAAGACCAUGUAUGCCGUCGCCACGAGCACGCCGCGGAAGCCGUCGCUGCGCGCCCUCGCCGUCGCUGUCUUCCGCAGCUGCUUCGACACUCUGGAGAUGGUGAUGGAGGACCACAAGCAGGCUGUGAAGGGCUUUGCGGACGAGACGCUGAGCGUCUGGCUCCCCUUUUUCAUUGAUGUGCUGAAGAGCAAGCUCCCGGAUGCGCCCUCGGAGGAUGAGAGCUCCGAGGCAGCAGAGAUCUGGAGGGGGCUUGUAGUAUUGAAGUUGCAGAUUGUUAAGGCACUUAUGAGAAUACGCUCGGUUUUCCCCUCGUUGCUUUCGCCCCAUAGUCCAGUCCUCUUCUCCGCCACGUGGCACGAGCUUUCUUCGUUGCAGGGCGCAUACCACCAGAUGUACAUCGAGGACGACAGGCAAAGCAGGCUGGAGGAUGCCGACGGACUUCCCUACACUUUGGACUUCCUUGUCCUCGAAGAGCUAGACUUCAUGCAGGCAUGCUUGAAGGCACCACCGGUCCGGAAGGAGCUCGAGUCGCAGCUGCAAGCUCAAAGCGGAAGCGGAGCGACCUGGGUCACCGAGGUCAUGCAGCUUGCCGUAGCAUACGCUCAGAUCACCACCGAGGAGGAGGGCCUGUGGAACUUGGAUGUCAACAUUUUCCUGUCCGAGGAGACCAGCGUCACUGCCAACUACACACCCCGCACGGCUUGCGGGGACCUCGUUAUCAAGCUCGGCGAGUGGCAAAGCGCAGCAACCGUCGACGGACUGCUCUCGUACACCCGUUCUCUGUACUCGACGGACCAGACCUGGAAGGCGAAGGAGGCUGCGCUCUACAUCCUCAACCAGAUGCUUGGCGACUUCCAGGAUGUGGAGCGUCAGGUCAGCGCGGAGGCUGCUACCGGCUUCAUCGACUUUGUCAGGUACGCCAUGCAGCAAGAGGAGGAGUUCUUGCGGGCUCGCGGCUACCUCACUGCUGGCAGCCUUACCAGGACGUCCGGUGAUGCGCUGCAGCAAAUGGCUGCGUCGUUCAUGGAGGCAUCCCUCCAGGCCAUCACCAACGAUGAGUCAGAUGUGGUCAAGGUUGCCUGCAUCAGAGCCCUCCAGCACUAUCUCUCAGCGCUCCCCCAGGCGGCCACGCUGCCCCUGCAGGGUGCGGUCGUCAACGCCAUCUCAACCUAUCUUUCGAGCCAGGACCUAAGCGAUCUUGCUGAUUCCGACGACUUGAUGGUUACGCUCGUCGAGACUCUUCGCGACGCCAUUCUUCUCGACACUCAGAUCUGCCUCAAUGGGGCCGGGCUGGAUCUCCUUUUCACCAUUGCCAGCCAUGGCGCAAACAACUUCCAGCUCACCAUCCUGGUCAGCGAGACUUUCGAGGAGAUCACCGAGACUCUGGCCGCAAACGGCCAUGAGACCUUUACUCGCCUGUGUCAGAAGGUGCUUCCCUCGCUCACUGGCGCCUUCGAUGUCGGUACUUUGACCGAGGAGAACGCUCUUACCAAUCUCGCUGCCGAACUGCUGUCCGUCCUUACCGAGCACGGCUCUGAGCCCCUUCCGCAGGGCUUCGUGUCUACUAUCAUGCCCAAGAUCAACCGUGUUCUUCUUGGCUCCAAUGACGAAGAGCUCCUCAGGGCCGCCACGUCUUCUGCCAAGAACAUUCUCAUCCACGACCACCAGCAGCUGUUCGAGUGGCAUGAUGAGACCGGCAAGGGUGGCCUCGAGGUCGUUCUUGUCAUCAUCGACCGUCUACUUAGCCCCAACGUCGACGACAACGCCGCUGCCGAAGUUGGCGAACUUGCCGCCGAGGUGGUGGAGAAGGCUGGAUCCGAAAAGCUGGGACCGUACAUGGUGACUCUGCUCCGCGCCGUUGCUGUCAGACUCGGCAGUGCUACACAGGCGCAGUUCAUCCAGAGCUUGACGCUCGUUUUUGCGCGCUUGUCUUUGGUCAACGCUCACGAGGUUGUGGAAUUCCUCGCAAACACUCAGAUUGGCCAGCAAAACGGGCUGCAGGUUGUCAUGGCCAAGUGGCUCGAGAACUCGAUCAUGUUUGCCGGGUACGACGAGAUUCGUCAGAACGUCAUCGCCCUGUCAAAGCUUUAUGAUCUCAACGACGCCCGUCUAGCUCAAGUCCUCGUCAAAGGUGAUCUCAUUGUCCCGCAGAGCGAUCGUAUCAUGACCCGAUCCCGUGCCCGGCAGAAUCCCGACCAGUACACCAUGGUCCCGGCCACGCUCAAGAUCCUCAAGGUUCUCGUCGAGGAGCUGCUGUCUGCCAGCGGCAACAUGCAGAACGUCAACGCAGCUGGCGCCAACGAGCUCCCCGACGACGACAGCGACGACGAUGAUUGGGAGGACGACGAAAACGAGCUGGAUCUCGGUGCCGGCGUCACCAAGGCUGAGCUCAUGGCGUACGGCGCCGACGACAGUUUCGGCGGCCGCCAGCGCGACGACGAGACUCAGGCUUACCUCACAAGCUUCUUCCACGAGGCGGCGCAGAAGCCUGGCUUCAACGAGAUGUUCGCGGCGUUGACGCCGCAGGAGCAGGAAAAACUCAGGUCGAUGAGCUGA